AUGACCCUUACACGCCAGCAGCGAGUUUGGUUGGCGAUUCUGCCCAAAAUUUCCAGCCUGUUUUCACUGUUUGGAAGUGGGUGGAUUAUCAUUGAAGUGGCUUCUGACCGGCGAAAACGAAGGGUUCCUUAUCAUCGCUUGUUGCUUGCCAUGAGCGUAUAUGAUGUUUUAGAGAGUGUAUGGAAUUUUGGGAGUACAUGGCCGAUUGUGGAAGGGAGUCCUGGAGUUAUUUGGGCAGUAGGAAAUACGGGAACUUGCACUGCACAAGGCUUCUUUUUGACACUCAGCUCGGCAGUUCCUUUGUACAACGCAAUGCUGAGUUGGUAUUAUGUAUUGGUGAUCAACUACAACUACUCGGACACCAGGUUGCGAGGGUUUGUGGAGCCAGCUAUGCACACAUUUUGCUUUGUUUGGGCAUUCGGAACUGCUCUGUAUUCUGCUUCUGCGGGUUUGAUUAACAACGCCAACCUAUGGUGUUGGAUUGCACCUCUGCCAACAGAUUGCAAAGACUCUUGGACUCAUGGGACUGCCGAAGAGGGGAAUCCUAAUCCUUGCAUACGGGGUGACAAUGUAUGGAUCUAUCGCUUUGGGUUUUACUUUAUUCCAUUAUGGAUCAGCAUUUUCUUUGCAACGUUUGCCACAUACAUGGUAUAUCGAUAUGUUUAUCAACGAGAUAAGGCAACAUUGCGUUAUCGGUUCCCUAACCGUGCCAGUAUUUUCGGAGCGCUGAAAUCACUGAGUGAUGACAUGCAGUUGAGACUCUCCAUAAUUUCGACUUCUAUGGGUUUCAAAGGCAGGAGUAGCACGACAGACAUUGAUACUUCCGAUCUGGGCGAUUUUGAUGGCGACGACGACAACAGCGAAGACCAAGACAAUGACGGCGACGGUGACGACAAUGGAGAAAAUAACCAUUCUACAACUACCCCAGGAGAAUCAUCUCUGGAGGGUCAGAUCGAGAGUGAGCAUAUUGUGAUAGAUCUGAAAGUUGGGGGACCGCUGGAAGUGGUGGAAGAACAAUCUGCAGAAUUUGAAGAAUCAGCAAGAAGCAGCAGGAGUAUAUCUAAAGAUUUGAAAGUUUUGUCAACCGAGAAAGUUGACGAUUCCACACCCCAGACUUUAAAAUCCAGCAUGGACGAAAGUGCCGGAUACCCAACCGGGGCAUGGGCGCUGUCUAUGGAUGCUGCGGACGAGGACGAGGACGAUGAUGCGAGUUCAAGUUCUAGCAUCAUGAAAUCUGUCAAUGUGGCAGAUGGGGAAGAAAAUAGAGAGAAUAAACCAAAAGUCAAGAGACAGAGUACUAUAAGGAAGAAGGUGCAGGCUUGGAAAACAAAACGGGAACGUUUUGCUCAGGAGAUGCCACACACGGUGGCAGUAUUCCAUCAGGCUUGCUUUUAUCUCGGUGCAUUCUACUGCACGCAUGUUUGGUCCACAAGCAACCGAAUCGUACAAGCGAUCACAGAUGGCGAAUCGAUAUUUCCCCUUCUAGCAUUGCAUGCCUUCUUUGAUCCGUUCCAAGGGUUCCUCAACUAUAUCGUGUACCAACGGCCGCGAUACAUUCAAUUGCGAAAACGGCAUCCCGAGUUCAGCAGAAUAACAAUCCUGUUAUUCAUUCUUCGUUUCUCUUUCAUGGGCGGCAAUGAUGCACGAAACUUGAGGUCGUCCGCAGCAGACAGGGACAGUCUGCAAAGCAAACGGUCGAAAUUUAGUCUCAAUCUCCCCGAAGAAUCGAAUCUCGAACUCAAUGCUGAUUCGAACCAUCGUGGGACUUCAGGUCCCAUACACACAACCUCAUCGACGGAACCUAGGCUCAACUCUGGAUUAUAA